AGGGUGCGGGAUGGUGGAGGAGUACCACUGAUGAGAGAGCGGGCAAACACUCUUUAAGCUCGCAUCGGAUGAUUAUUGUACGUACUUGGAUACGGAUAAACACCUGGGAAGACUGUUUUCACCUGCUGCGUGUGGGUUAAGUUGCAUCGUACGUGGGCCGUAUGGAGGUGUAAGGUCUUUCAGGUGGCCUAGUGCGUGCUACUCCUGGUACCCAUCAUGUCACAGAGGAGCGGGCUGGAGGAGCCGGAGCGCUACCUCUUUGUGGACCGCGCCGUGGUCUAUAACCCGGCCUCGCAGGCGGACUGGACUGCCAAGAGGCUGGUAUGGAUCCCGUCAGAACGGCAUGGCUUUGAAGCAGCAAGCGUUCGCGAGGAGCGUGGAGACAAUGUGUUGGUGGAGCUGGCCGAGAAUGGGAAGAAGGCAGCGGUCAACAAGGACGACAUCCAGAAGAUGAAUCCACCCAAGUUCAGCAAGGUGGAGGACAUGGCCGAGCUCACCUGCCUGAAUGAAGCCUCUGUACUUCACAACCUCAAAGACCGCUACUACUCAGGACUCAUUUACACAUACUCCGGGCUUUUCUGCGUGGUCAUAAACCCCUACAAAAACCUCCCCAUCUACUCGGAGAACAUUGUGGAAAUGUACCGGGGCAAAAAGAGGCACGAGAUGCCCCCACACAUUUAUGCCAUCUCAGAGUCUGCUUACAGAUGCAUGCUACAAGAUCGAGAGGACCAAUCCAUUCUUUGCACUGGUGAGUCCGGAGCUGGCAAGACAGAAAACACAAAGAAGGUCAUCCAGUACCUGGCACACGUAGCCUCCUCCCACAAAGGAAGAAAAGACCACAACAUUCCUCCUGAAUCUCCUAAGCCAGUGAAACUGCAGAGUGGAGCCCUGUUUUAUGGUGAACUGGAACGUCAGCUUUUACAAGCCAACCCCAUCCUUGAAUCAUUUGGCAAUGCGAAGACGGUGAAAAAUGACAACUCGUCGCGUUUUGGAAAAUUCAUCCGGAUCAACUUUGAUGUCACUGGUUAUAUUGUUGGAGCCAACAUUGAAACAUACUUACUGGAAAAAUCCAGAGCUAUUCGCCAGGCCAAAGAUGAACGCACAUUUCACAUUUUCUACCAGCUUCUCGCCGGAGCUGGUGAACACCUCAAAUCUGACCUGCUUUUGGAGGGAUUCGGCAACUACCGUUUCCUGUCCAAUGGCAACAUCCCAAUCCCGGGCCAGCAGGAUAAAGACAACUUUCAUGAGACCAUGGAAGCCAUGCACAUCAUGAGCUUUUCCCAUGAGGAGAUCUUAGCCAUGUUGAAGGUGGUGUCUUCAGUGCUUCAGUUUGGAAACAUUGUGUUUAAGAAGGAAAGGAACACAGACCAGGCCUCCAUGCCUGAUAACACUGCUGCUCAGAAAUUGUGUCACCUGUUGGGCUUGAGUGUCAUGGAGUUCACCAGAGCAAUCCUUUCGCCACGGAUCAAAGUGGGAAGAGACUAUGUCCAGAAAGCCCAAACUAAAGAGCAGGCUGACUUUGCAGUGGAGGCCCUGGCUAAAGCGACUUAUGAACGUUUGUUCCGUUGGCUAGUACAUCGAAUUAACAAAGCUCUGGACAGGACCAAACGACAGGGGGCCUCGUUCAUUGGCAUCUUGGACAUUGCUGGGUUUGAGAUUUUCCAGCUUAACUCCUUCGAGCAGCUGUGCAUCAACUACACCAACGAGAAGCUGCAGCAGCUCUUUAACCACACCAUGUUCAUCCUGGAGCAAGAGGAGUACCAAAGGGAAGGUAUCGAGUGGAGCUUUAUCGACUUUGGCCUCGACCUGCAGCCUUGCAUUGACCUCAUUGAGAGACCGGCAAACCCUCCAGGGGUGUUAGCUCUGCUGGAUGAGGAGUGCUGGUUCCCCAAAGCCACAGACAAGACCUUUGUUGACAAGCUAAUCCAGGAACAGGGAACACACACCAAGUUCCAGAAGCCGCGACAGCUUAAAGACAAAGCCGACUUUUGUAUCAUCCACUAUGCUGGCAAGGUGGACUACAAGGCAGAUGAGUGGUUGAUGAAGAACAUGGACCCCCUAAAUGACAACGUGGCCACGCUUCUGCAUCAGUCCACAGAUAAAUUUGUGGCAGAGCUGUGGAAAGAUGAGAUUCAGACCAUUCAAAGGGCUUCAUUCUAUGACAAUGUCACUAGUCUGGAUGAGCCAGCAGUGGAUCGUAUCGUCGGCCUGGAUCAAGUGGCAGGAAUGAACGAGACAGCGUUCGGAGCCACCUACAAAACGAAGAAGGGCAUGUUUAGAACUGUGGGUCAGCUCUACAAGGAGUCACUCACCAAGCUCAUGGCCACGCUGAGGAACACCAACCCCAACUUUGUCCGCUGCAUAAUCCCCAACCACGAAAAACGAGCAGGUAAACUAGAGCCUCACCUUGUUUUGGACCAACUGAGGUGUAAUGGAGUUCUCGAGGGGAUCCGCAUCUGCAGACAGGGCUUCCCGAACCGUAUUGUUUUCCAGGAGUUCAGACAGAGAUAUGAAAUCCUCACACCCAACGCAAUCCCCAGGGGCUUCAUGGAUGGGAAACAAGCUUGCGAGAGAAUGAUCCACGCCCUCGAGUUGGAUCCCAACCUGUUCCGCAUUGGACAGAGUAAGAUCUUCUUUAGAACCGGGGUUUUGGCUCACUUGGAGGAGGAGCGAGAUCUGAAGAUCACCGACAUCAUCAUUUACUUCCAGUCUGUGUGCCGCGGAUACCUGGCACGGAAGGCCUUUGCUAAAAAGCAACAGCAGCUAAGCGCCCUGAAGGUUCUGCAGAGGAAUUGUGCUGCCUACCUGAAGCUGCGCCACUGGCAGUGGUGGAGGCUCUUUACCAAGGUGAAGCCUCUGUUACAGGUGACCAGGCAGGAAGAGGAGAUGCAAGCCAAAGAUGAGGAGCUGGUAAAAGUCAAGGAAAGACAGCUAUUUGUGGAGAAUGAGCUUGUGGAUAUGGAGCGAAAACACCAACAGCUCGUAGAGGAGAAGACCAUUCUUGCAGAGCAGCUCCAGGCAGAAACAGAGCUAUUUGCUGAAGCUGAGGAGAUGAGAGCUCGUCUUGCAUCCAGGAAACAGGAACUGGAAGAAAUCCUCCAUGACUUGGAGUCUCGGGUGGAGGAAGAAGAGGAGAGGAACCAGAGUUUGCAGAACGAGAAGAAGAAAAUGCAAUCGCACAUACAAGACCUGGAAGAGCAGCUUGACGAGGAGGAAGCUGCAAGACAGAAGCUUCAAUUGGAUAAAGUGACAGCGGAGGCAAAGAUAAAGAAAUUAGAAGAAGACAUUGUGUUGCUUGAGGACCAAAAUUCCAAGUUUCACAAGGAGAAGAAGCUACUGGAAGACCGGAUCAAUGAAGCGACGACUUUGCUGACAGAGGAGGAGGAGAAAGCAAAGAACCUUGGCAAGCUCAAGAACAAGCAGGAGAUGAUGAUGGUGGAUUUGGAGGAGCGUUUGAAGAAGGAAGAGAAAACGCGUCAAGAACUGGAGAAGGUCAAGCGCAAACUGGACGCUGAAACCACAGACCUGCAGGACCAGAUCGCUGAGCUCCAGGCACAAAUUGAAGAACUGAAGCUUCAUGUGGCUAAGAAGGAAGAAGAGCUACAGACUUCCUUGGCCAGGAGCGAUGAGGAGACGGCGCACAAAAACAACGCCCUUAAGCAGAUCCGAGAGCUUCAGGCCCAACUCGCUGAGCUCCAUGAGGAUUUGGAAUCCGAGAAAAUAUGUCGAAGCAAAGCCGAAAAACUGAAGAGGGACCUAAGUGAGGAGCUUGAGGCUUUGAAGACGGAACUGGAGGACACGCUGGACACCACUGCUGCUCAGCAGGAACUCAGGACCAAACGAGAGCAAGAAGUGGCUGAAUUGAAGAAGGCGAUUGAGGAGGAGUCUAAAAACCAUGAGGCCCAGAUUCAGGACAUGAGGCAAAGGCACAGCACAACAGUAGAGGAACUGUCUGAACAACUGGAACAGGCUAAACGAUUUAAAGCCAAUUUAGAAAAGAACAAGCAAUGCCUGGAGAAUGACAACAAAGAAAUGAUCUGCGAGGUUAAAAUACUGCAGCAGACAAAGACCGAGUCUGAACACAAGAGGAAGAAGCUGGAGGGCCAGCUCCAGGAGUUCACCACGAGAGCCACUGAGAUGGAGCGGACUAAGGGGGAGUUGGCUGACCGAUCCCAUAAACUCCAGUUGGAGCUUGACAAUGUGACGACCCUGCUGGAGGAGGCGGAGAAGAAGGGCAUCAAACUGACGAAGGAUGCUGACAACCUGGGAAGCCAGUUGCAAGACGCAAAUGAGUUACUGCAGGAGGAAACACGCCACAAGCUAAACCUGGGUAGCAGAGUGCGUCAGCUGGAGGACGAGAAGAACACCUUGCUGGAGCAACUGGACGAGGAGGAGGAGGCUCGCCGAAACCUGGAGAAGCAGCUACAGACGGCUCAGGUUCAGCUAACUGAGACAAAAAAGAAGCUGGAUGAAGAUGUGGGAGCUAUGGAAGGCCUGGAAGAAGCGAAGAGAAAACUCCAAAAAGACGUGGAGCUUACCAACCAGCGUCUGGAGGAGAAGUCUAUGGCCAUGGACAAGAUGGAGAAGACCAAAAACAGACUGCAGCAGGAGCUAGAUGACCUAAUAGUGGACCUGGACCACCAGAGGCAGAUCGUCUCCAACCUGGAGAAGAAACAAAAAAAGUUUGACCAGAUGCUGGCUGAGGAGAAGACCAUCUCGGCUCGUUACGCUGAGGAGCGUGACCGUGCAGAGGCGGAAGCCCGAGAAAAGGAUACCAAGGCCUUGUCCAUGGCCAGAGCGUUGGAGGAGGCUCUGGAGGCCAAGGAGGAGCUGGAAAGGUUCAACAAGCAGCUCCGUGCCGAAAUGGAGGACCUGAUGAGUUCAAAGGAUGACGUGGGGAAGAAUGUCCAUGAACUGGAGAAGUCCAAGCGUACACUAGAACAACAAGUGGAGGAAAUGCGAACCCAACUGGAGGAGCUAGAAGACGAGCUGCAAGCCACCGAGGACGCCAAGCUGCGUCUGGAGGUGAACAUGCAGGCCAUGAAGGCCCAAUUUGACCGAGACCUGCAGGCCAGAGACGAGCUGGGCGAUGAGAAAAAGAGGGCGCUGGUCAAACAGGUGCGUGAAAUGGAGGUUGAGCUGGAGGAUGAGAGGAAGCAGAGAACGUUGGCUGUGGCUUCUAAGAAGAAGCUAGAGAUGGACCUCAAUGAGAUGGAGGGACAAAUAGAAGCAGCCAACAAAGGCAGGGACGAGGCCAUCAAACAGCUUAAAAAGCUACAGGCUCAGAUGAAAGACUACCAGAGGGAACUGGAGGAGGCACGGUCCUCCAGGGACGAGAUUUUCACACAGUCCAAAGAAAACGAGAAAAAACUCAAAAGCCUUGAAGCUGAAAUCUUACAGCUGCAAGAGGACCACGCAGCGUCCGAGAGAGCCCGUCGACAUGCUGAACAGGAGCGAGACGAACUGGCAGACGAGAUGUCCAACAGCACCUCUGGGAAGUCCAUGCUGCUGGAUGAGAAGAGGAGGCUGGAGGCUCGCAUCGCUCAGCUGGAGGAGGAGCUGGAGGAGGAGCAGGGCAACAUGGAGCUGCUCAAUGACCGUCUGAGGAAGAGUACGCUGCAGGUGGACGGCCUGAACACUGAGCUGGCUGCAGAACGCAGCGUCGCCCAGAAAAGCGAGAACGCUCGUCAACAGAUGGAGCGGCAGAACAAGGAGUUAAAGGCCAAGCUCGCAGAGCUGGAAGGGACCGUUAAGUCCAAGUUUAAGGCCUCCAUCACGGCUCUGGAAGCUAAGAUCCUGCAGCUGGAGGAACAGCUGGAGCAGGAAACAAAAGAAAGAGCGGCGGCCAACAAGAUUGUUCGCCGUACGGAGAAGAAACUGAAGGAAGUGAUGCUGCAGGUGGAAGACGAACGUCGGCAUGCCGACCAGUACAAGGAGCAGGUGGACAAAGGCAACUCGCGCAUGAAGCAGCUGAAGCGUCAGCUGGAGGAGGCGGAGGAAGAGGCCACCAAGGCCAACGCCUCCCGCAGGAAGCUACAGAGGGAGCUGGACGACGCCACCGAAGCCAGCGAAGGCCUCAGCCGUGAGGUCAGCAGCCUCAAGAGCCGCCUCAGGCGAGGAGGUCCAGUCAGCAGCUUCUCCAGUCGCUCGGGCCAUCACAACUUAAACGUGGACGGCGCCUCCGUCGACAGGUCGGACGACGACGCCGACAGCCGCACCAGCGACUUCAACGACACCUCCAACGUGGAGUAAAAGAAGUCCAAGUCGCUUUCUGCCUCGAGUCGUUACUAUUAUUUUAAAGACUGCAGCAGCCACUAUCUACCCCCCAGACCCUCAUCCUCUAUACUUUUUCUCUUUUUUUUUUUUUUUAAUACCACCCCUUCCUGGAUGUGAGGCCUCUGGAGGCCAACAGACAAUUCUGCCUUAGUGGGUCCUCUGCUCCUCCUUCACUUAUUUCCCCUGUAGGUUCAAAGUGCUUUUUGCUCACACAAGGCGGACUCACACUUCACGUAUGUCAAACAAACAAAGCUGACACGUCCUCUGUGACCUUCUGACCAACACUAAUGUCUCCAUGCAACGGACUGAAUGCCACAUGUAUUUUUAUUAUUAUUAUUGUUAUGACUGUGAAAACAAAUGUUCAUCUCAACAUGUGUCUGCUAGACAUGCAAACAGCUGCACGCAACACUACGUCCCUUUUGUUGCCCUUCUACGAAACGAUGAAAACAAUAUUUAGUCCAAGCAAAUGUUAUGAUGGCUGUAAAGUUCACGUCGUCUGCUUAAUGACGGACAUUUCUUACGUUUCUUUCAAAGUGCCUUAGACACUGAACAAGAACAAGAAACGAUACAAAAUUAUGUUACAAAAUCCCAACGAAAAACCUCUUCCCAAAGUUCUACUUUUAUGUUUUGCUGUGCUUCAUAUCACAAGUAACAUGUAUCUUUUGUUUAAAAAAUCCACGAGUCCAAACCAGUAUUAAGAAGUCUCCAAAAAUAACGCUUGCCUCAAUCAAGCGUUAUUUUUGACCAUUUGGUUGGAAGCUUUAACAUUCUUGAUUAGUUAAGUAAUUAACUUACUGUCUUUGUUAUUAUUAUAUCCAGCUGGCUGUGGUCAAAAGCAGGCAUUACACUACACAAAUACUCUUACUCCACAAAUACUGGAUUUAUAGACGGUAAUAUUUUUUGUUUGUUUUGUUUUUUAAAGAAAAUAAAGCAUAUUCAUUGUAA